AUGGUCGACAUCGCGACGGAUUUUGAACCGCUUGCUUAUUACAACGUCAUUAUGAGGUCUUGGAAAUCUCUCCUCGCUGCUGUUACUUUUGCGUGUGCUGGUACGCUUGUGGGCGCCAGCCAAUGUCAAGCAACGUUGAAUACUGCUAUUGGCGUUGCCAAUCGCCUACAAUCCGAGUACUUCAACACCGCUAACGGACAAUACACUGGUGGAAGCUUAUGGACCGAUGCUGUAAAAACAUCCAACACUCCAAUUCUCCAGAGCUCCUCAACUGACAUAUCUUAUUCUGCCCAUGCACAGAAUACCCUCGAGGACCUGCACAACCUUAUGCUAGCCAGCGGCACUGAUCAAUACAGCGCCGUCGCCGAUGAGUCAUUCAUAGGAAGAUCUGCUCUGAACCCGAACACCAACUGGGCCAGUCUCCUCGGAGGGAGCAAUGACGAUGCUGGGAUUGAAAAGUGGGUAGUGUUGUCUCUGUGGAAGAUGGCGGACUACAAGGCCAAUAGAGGUCUUUCAAACACGGCGUAUUUGAAUGCCGCUAGCACAAUCUACGACAUCAUUGCAGGCCAGUGGGAUAGCACUUGUGGCGGUGGUGUAUGGUGGUCGACUGCCCACACCUACAAGAAUGCUAUCACGAAUGAACUAUUCCUGCUCCUCUCAGCACAGGGAUACCUUAGAAAUAAGAACCUAACUUACCUUGAGAAUGCUCGCAAAGGAGUCAUUGCUUCUGGCCUAGCAUAUCUAUUUGCUGCAACGGGGAACAGCACCUUGCUCGACCAAGCAGAAAUAACAUUGGAUGCGACGAUGCAACAUCUCACAGCUGGCACAAAUAUCCUAAAGGAAUCAUGCGAUGAUGCUCAAUCUGGUGGACCUGUAUGCAACCAAGACCAGGGAGUAUGGACAAAGCACCUUCAGUAUUAUCUUGAUAUGGCUGGACCAGCUCGUGUUGGAAAAUAUAGCGCCUUCCUAGGCUCGCAGGAGUCCGCAGUAUUCCACUUUGGUACAAAUGCAAAUGACGACGUGGGAUCGGUGUGGUACGCCCCCAAUCAGGGCGGAUCUAUAUUUACACCCAAAACCAGUGCUAGCGGAUUAGCCGCCCAUGUUGCCGCGGCAAAAUAUGGACCAUGCUAA